CAAAAGUACACCCAAAGAAGGAGAAAAACUAUAGAGUGUCAGCUUCAGCGUGUACAAGACCAUGGGUGUCCCCAGGAAGAGGCAGGGGAACAAUCCAGGCCAGAAUACUGAAAGUAAUGAAGUCAUCGGUGGUGGUGGUGGUAGUGGUGCAAGAAGAGUGCCCUUCGGCGAGCGUUCAAGCCCAAUUCCGAGACGCAUAAGACCCGUACUAGUUCGACGGCGCAUAUUGAUCGCACUGGCACUUAUUUCCCUCAUUUACAUCGGUCUGAUCAGGGACGUUGAACUGUUACGAUUCGGGAACCAGGCCAUCGACAAUUUGGCACUUUCACUCUGUUUGCGUAAGCAGUUCGACGUGGUGAUUAUCGAUGCUGGCUCGACGGCUAGUCGGGUAUUAGUCUUCACAUUUCACAAGUCCAUAUUAAAUGGUAAACUCGUGCUGGACGACGAACUCUUUGUCGAGAAGAAGCCAGGGCUAAGCGCCUUUGCCAAGGAGCCCUACAAAGUGCGCCAAUCACUUGAAGAGCUGCUUGACCAUGCCAAAAAGCGUGUGCCCAAAAAUAGUUGGGCCCAUACGCCUUUGAUAUUGCGUGCGACUGCGGGUUUGCGCUUACUGCCAGGUCACGAAGCUCAAAACAUCUUGGCUGAGAGUCGACGUGUCGUGAAAGCUUCAGGCUUUCUUGUCGAGCCAGAUGCAGUUGAAAUCAUGCAUGGCACGGACGAAGGUUUAUUCUCAUGGUUCAGUGUCAAUUUCCUCGCCGAUCGCUUUUCAAGCUUAGGCAACAGUUUUGAGUACGCGUCAAAUACCGUAGCUGCACUUGAUCUCGGUGGUGGCUCAACACAGCUUACCUUUGCGCUAACACCUGCAGAGCUUGAGCACACCAGUACUCACAAAGAUCAGCUCAAGCAUGUCAAUGCCUUCGGUCGCAACCUAACUUUGUUUACCCAGAGUUUUCUUGGUCUGGGCCUCAUGGCCGCGCGUAAGGCGAUUUUCACACAUCAGGAUAACCAGGCACUUGUGGGCCAGCUGGAACAACAGCGAUCGAGCUCAAAAUCCAUUGAGCUGCGAGCCGAGUGCGUCAACCCCAUUAUAGUGAAAGCCCCGUGGAGCUAUGGGGGCCAGAACUAUCUGAUAAGUGGUCCAUUGAACGGUUCUAACAAGAUCAUCAAGGCUCAGAGCUUUGCGAGCGUCGAUGAUGACUUGCCCAUCGUCAGGCUCCCAACGUGUCUUAAAAUUAUCCAGAAAGUUGUCAACGCAUCCAUCCCUCAUGACCUUCCUAGUCUUAGGAAUCAUGAAAUAUAUGCGUUUUCUUACUACUUUGAGAGAGCAGUGGAGGUGGGCCUCAUAGAUUCCUUCGAGGGAGGAGAAGUAACGUUGGAGUCGUUUUACAAGGCUGCUGAGAGAGUAUGCCAAGAUCCAAACACGGAUCAGCCGUUCAUAUGUUUGGACUUAUCAUUUAUUUACGUUCUACUUCAUGAUGGCUUUGGACUCAAUGAUGCUACUCAGAUCACUCUGCUGAAAAAAAUUAGCGGUCACGAGCUGAGCUGGGCUUUAGGAGCAGCAUUCAAUAUGUUGGAUCUUAAUUCGUGAUAUCUUCAAGGUAUUAUUGAGAUGCCAUAUCAAAUGCAACGACACUAUUUUUCAACGUAAAAUGCCAUACAGCAAUAUACACACAUAAUAGAUAUGUAUACGUAUUAUGUGCUGUAAUUUUAACUAUGAAAAGUGUACUUUGAGCAAAAACUUUUUGUGACAUUGUUGUAGUUUUAUGCUAUUUUUAAUAUUUUUAAGUAGUGAUAAUGAUUUUACAAUACAUUGCUACGUAUACAUAUAUGAUGACUAUUUUUUAGUCACAAAGUAUCUAUAAAUAUAACUGUAUUUUCUCAUCUGUACAUCACUUGAGUGAUUUUCAUGGGUACCUUCUAUCACCUCCAUGUGGCAAAUUUUGGUCAGAACCCUGAGUAAUAUUCCCUAAUCCCACCUUUUAUUGCCCAAGUAAUUUACCUACGAUCACUGUCUCAACUUCUCCAACUAAUCUCUUGUACCCUUCUUCGAGCCUAAAUCCUAGAUUACCACCAACUCCAGCUAGCUCCGUAUGUGCUAGAGUGCUCGUGGAGCUUAAUCCUGGAUCAUCAUGUAGUGUGGAACUAGAUGCAAAGCUUAGAAAAAAAUUAUAGUAGGAAACAACUCUGACCUAACGAGUUGUUGUAUAAUAAACUUUAAUGUUGUAAUAUGAAAAAUAAUUGCUUAUGUAACUAGUGCGAAAAAUAUGAUUUCUCGCACGAGCGGCUAGAGUUGAUGGGAACAAAUUCCAGUGAGCAUACGAGUGCGUACCACUCGUAUGAUCGCAAAGCACGAGUUACCGUCGCCACCCAUAAGUAAGUGUAAUUCACACGAGUGCGGGAAAUCGUCCACGAGUUGUGUAUAUGAUUUUUUGGAAUAAAUGUAAGGAAAAAAAGUAUGAAUUUUGAAAAAAAUCUUUGCCGCACACCUUUUCUGCACACUGCGUGAUAAAAAUCUUAGCCACAGACUAAGUAGUAAAAAUUUUGUCGCACACGUUUGUUGCACACUAUUCGAGAAAAGCAUUUAAAUUAUUUUUAAUUAUGAAAAAAAAGAUUAAAAUAUAUCAUUUUUGUUUUAUCAUCACAUAUUAGACUUUUUGACUUUUGAUGCUUGCUGUACUAAUAAAAUGACAUUUAUACUUGAUAAAAAUAGUAAAAUGUAACAACUGUAAAAAGUAAAUUUAGCUUUGUCUUCGUUAAUUAUUCUUUUUUGAAAAUAGAAAAAAUUUUGUCCAAUAUUUUAUGAUACUGUAUCUGACAUAAUUAUUAAAUUUUUUCAUGCAACAUUCCAUUGUACGAAGAUUUUUUACGCUCAUAAGCACUAAUAUGCCAUAUUUUUUUAUAAAUGAUGAUGAAUGAGUUACAGAAGCCAGUAGGUACCACAACUAUCUCAUGCUUCGUAUAGAGAGUGUAAGUUGCAUGUGCUCUCAAAGUGCGACCAAAUCUAAGGUAAUUUUAAAAUUUGCCAAUACUGUUGUUGUUGUUGCUGAUAGGAUAAUUAAAAAAAAGAUGUAUUACAAAUUUGUAGAGAUAUGAAACAAUAUUAUAAGAAAAAUGGUUGGUUAUAGCAAAGAAUAAUGAAGGGCAUCAUAUAUUUUAACAUACCAUGCAUUAUUUUAGUCUUUAAUACAGAGUAUAAAAAACAAAUUUGUAUGCGUAAAGCAUGUGUAUUGUAUCAAGACAUUUGUAAAAAUGUUGUUUUAAUAAAUAAUUUAGGGAGAGUUUUUAUGUGCUAGCAAAUAAAAAGACCACGUUACAUAAAAGUACUUUUGUUUGACUUUAUGAGACGCUUAUUAUACACGUGUGGGCGCACAUCUGUCCGUUACGGUAACUAGCGAUGUUCUGACGGAGAAGAAACGAUUCUUACCAACAUAUCAAACUCGAAUGUUGAGAUUAGUUAUAGAAUUCACAUCCAAAAUUAGAGAAAAAUAAGUAAGAUUAAGUUUAUUAACAACAAUAAAGUAAAUCCAAGCAUCGAUGCCCCCUAUUACGUGGAUGUCAAUGUGGCUUUUAUAGGUUUUCUUUUCCAUCAUGGUUCAUUUCCACGUACACCGCAUCCAAGUAAAUAUUUUACAUGCAGUAUUUUAAUUGCCUGAAUCUAUAAAUUAUGUGUGAAAAAUCCACGUAGACAUCCUUUAAUAGAUAAAAAUGUUUAUU